AAUAUUUGGAGAAAAGGAAAGCGAAGACCGUCGAUGUUAUUUUUUUAUUCUACCAAAUUUCAACCAAAAGAAUAAGGCGACAAUAAGUCAGAUGGAGAAGCUGGUCAACGUCGGCGGCUUAGAAAGUCAAAGGAAAGCUAAAUGGGUGGGAAUGAAACUCGAGAGCUUCCAAUCAUCAACCUCUCCGACAAGAACCUGAAACAAGACACGGAGCUCUGGAACUCGACGAGAGACAGCGUCCGUGAAGCCAUGGAACAUCAUGGAUGGUUCGUGGCCGAAUACAACCGUUUUCCAACACAACUCCACCAGUCAAUUUUGGAGGCCGCCAAGGAACUACUCGAUCUUCCACCAGAAAUCAAGAUCAAAAACGAGAACCGCAAGGCCGGACACGGCUACAUCACCAUGAACUCCGACGGUCAGCCGGUUCAUGAAGGUCUCGGUAUUGACCAAGUCAACGACAUCCAACAGUGCCGCCGAUUCUCCCGUCUCAUGUGGCCUAAUAAUGAUCAUGACAAUGACCGUUUCUGUGAAACCAUUCAUGCAUAUGCGAAAAUGCAAGCGGAACUGGAGCAACUUGUGAUAAGGAUGCUCUUUGAGAGCUAUAACCUAGAGAGGUAUGCAGAUAAACACAUGAAAGGAUCACGGUACCUUCUUCGGUUGCUGAAAUACAAGUCACUCCCUAAUGGAGAGCCCAACAGGAUGUUCAUGUGUCAUACGGACAAGAGCUUCAUCUCCAUUCUCCAUCAGAACCACAUCAACGGACUCAUGUUGAAAUCCGAUAAAGAAGAUGUUUGGUAUCCUUUUACACCUUCACCAACUAGGUUUGCUGUUAUAGCAGGCGAUGCCAUCAUGGCGUGGAGCAACGACAGAAUCAAGGGGUGUUAUCACAAGGUGGAGAUGGAGAGCGUGGAAACGAGGUAUUCAUUUGGUUUCUUCUCGUUCCAACAAGGGAUGAUAUCGACACCAGAUGAGAUGGUGGAUAAGAACCAUCCUUUAGCGUACAAGCCCUUUCACCAUGACGGACUUCUUGAUUUCUAUGAAACAUUAGAGGUUCAUCUCAAGGCCCACCGUACCAUGACCAAGGCCUAUUGUGGUAUCCAUCCCAUAAGCUUAUGACGCUAAUCACAAUCUUACGCAAACCUGACUAUUUUCAACCAAAGUUUAUCCCUUUCGUGAACUUGUUCCGUAUUAGGAUGUCUGUUUUGUUAUAUAUCUUUGAAACUAAGUGUGUA